CACACAGUCCGCUCACACACACACCAUCUCCGAGACACACACACCAUUCAAGACUACUGGAAAGCCGAAAAUCUGGGUAUUGGCUUCCUCUGACAACCGUUGUUUCAGCUACCUGAGCUCAGAGACGCAGAGAAUACUCGGCAGGAUGGACCGGAACGAGAGUCACAUGAAUGUGAAGUUGGGAAAGACGGACGCACGGUCCCCUUCCCGAGCUGAACCUGAUGUAUCGUACGCUGAACUGAAUUUCAAGACCCGCUCUGCGCCCCGGGUGCGGAAAGAUCGAGAGAAUCUGAACUCCACCUACUCUGAUUUGAACGUUCGGAAAAAGGAAAUCCGCAUCGAUCAGCGUGAAGAUCCUCCCAUUGCCUCGGCACCUGGCGGGUUGUCAACCACUGCACAAACAGCGGCGCAGGAACAGGAGUCGAAAGCGAAGAUCGGAAAUAGACCGUACCGUCUGAUCUGCCUACUCUGCCUAGUUACGACCGCCCUCAUCGUGGUGGUGGUGGGUCUCUCAAUCCAUGUGUCACAGGUCCGUCACAAGUUCACUGAGAUGGAAACGAAGUACAGAUCUAUCAACGAAACCAAGGCUCAAAUCUGUGAAUAUUUGACCAGCAGAAGCGAGCAAACCUGUUCCGAGAAUUGGGUCACAAAUAAAAACUGGUGUUAUUACGUUUCCACGUUUGUAACAACUUUAUACAAAGCGAUUCAAGAAUGUUCAAACCGUGAUUCAAAGCUGCUCGAAAUCAAUUCAAAGGAUGAAGCGAACUUUGUAUCCCGCAAUCUUGUGAACCAAACCCGCAUAUACUGGAUUGGAAAAUGCGAAAACAGGAAUGCGAGCUUCCGUCUCCUGUACAAGGGGCUUUCGGGGACGCCCUACUGCUGGCAGUGUGAUCCGACUGCAGUCAGUAGGAAGUAUCCUUGCGAUCGUGAUCAGCAUUUCAUCUGCGAGAAGUCGUUGUUGCCGGAUAUUCCUGAAAAGAUUCAGGGUCUCUGUCAACAGCCAGUGGAGGCUCGUGAAUCAAAUGACUACCUCCAGUCUCCCCUUCACUCUCACUCCCCGAUCCUUUCAGAUUCCCCGCCCACACUCUCCGCCCCUCCCUCCUACUUCAAUUCCUCCUUCUAACGCAACUAUAUUCUCCCCACCACACACUAAUCCUCUCUCCCCGUCCAUCCCCUUCUUUCCCUCCAUUUCCCCGUCCCGCGCUUUCUGCUCCCACUACCUAUCUUAUUAUUACCUCGUACUUCCUCCGCCCGCAUUCUUCUGCUCCCUCUACCCUCCUCUUUCACCUCUCUCCCACUUUCGUACGCCUCUCUACACCACUCGAUUCCCUCACCGUUCACUCUAAUCUCUCCAUUUCCCCGAUAUUUCUCUCUCUCUCCUUUCCACCCACACUCCCCUCAAUCCUGUGUCGUCUGUGACAGUGCUGCCGAUCUGAAUCCAGUGCCCGCCCCUUUAUUUCCCCACUGUCUCUUUGUCAACUAUCAAGCCUCCAUCCACUCAAACUCCCUCCUCGCCCUCUCUGUCCCUUCCUCCUACCCCAUUCUCCAACUGCUGAGGGGUCCCCAUUCUCCUCACUACACACCGACAAAACUCUGUCCUCAUUGACCCCCUGCUUUGUGGCCAUUUCCAACCCGUCCCGUCCUUCUCCACCCCCUAUUGCCUCGCACUAUAUCUGCCCGCUCUUUCUCCUCUCUCUCAGCCAACUCUCUCACACUCUCUGCUACCUCUCCAUCUCUCUCUCUCUCUCUCUCUCUCUCUCUCUCUCUCUCUCUCUCUCUCUCUCUCUCUCUCUCUCUCUCUCUCUCUCUCUCUCUCUCUCUCUCUCUCUCUCUCUCUCUCUCUCUCUCUCUCUCUCUCUCUCUCUCUCUCUCUCUCUCUCUCCUUCCCACCCGCUCUCACCACCAUUCUGUGUCAUCUGAUUCUCGAUAACACAACACUGGGGAAAAGUCUGUGCGCAUUCCCUCUGUCUGUGCCGUUCUUGGGUUUAUGCAUCUCUGUAACUUUGCAACACUGAUCCAGGGAAUAAAGUCGCAAACUUCCCUCCCUCUCUACAUAACCCUCGAUUUCCUGCAAUAUCCCCGUAAAACUCCCUGACACUCUGUCCGGUUCAGUGACAGUUUUCCUAAAGCAGAAAUCUUCACCGACGUCUUGUACCACUGCAACGUGAUCUCCCGCCUCCCGUGUUCAGUGUCCUGACCGGUGAAGGCCAGCGUGCCAAGUGUCCUGUCCUAUCGAAUAUUUUUAAGCAGAAUUGCUAUUUGAUUUUUAUUUUUUUUUAUCUGAAAUUUAGAAUGUGUUCUUGUGCUGCAUCAGAAUUGCAAAAAAAAUGGAUAGUUAAUGUAAAUUACAAACAUUAAUAAACACCGCAAAAAUGUC